CGUCUGUGCUUGUUGCAGAGUCAUUGGCAUUCCUGUUAGGAUUACAUAGCUUGUAGACCAAGGAGGCAACACUUAAAUAUCAGACUGGAAAUCAGGAACACUCAAAAGGAUCACAGUAGUACUGAGUUGGAGGAAUUCUGCUAAAUCAAUCACAAUGCUGAGAAGCUCAAAAGUGACUGAUGGAGCAGCCAAUGGACAAGUGGGGAUCAAGAAAAGAUCCAGGGUGCCUGGUGUGAUGAUUACACAGUUUAUUGAGACACUGCCAGAGGGAAAGAGCCAUCCAGACUUCACCCGCAAGCCAAUUGCUUUGACCAUCCAAGAGGGAAAAUUUGCUUUUUUUAAAGCCAUUGUCACUGGAGACCCAAAGCCGACUGUAACAUGGAGCAGAAACAAUGGAGAUGUGUCUGAUACAUCAAGAUACCAAACCAAAUAUGAUCCCAAUUCCAAUGAACAUACAUUUGAGAUGCCAAAUGUUACGCCAGAGCAAGCGGAUACCUACAAAUGUUUUGCAGUGAACGACUACGGUCAAGCCACAGUCACAGUACUUUUGAAUGUUAUUGAAGUUGGUUUCAAAAAGAAUAAACCCCUGCAACAAGCAGCUGAAGCUACUGAUGGGAAUUUUAAGACUGUACUAAAAAGAAAAAGUAAGAUCCGUCCAAAAUCUGAGCAACCUGCGAGAAAAGACGGGGAAAUUGAUCCAAAGUUUUGGGAGCUCUUACUUAGCGCUGAAAAGAAAGACUAUGAGAGGAUCUGUGCAGAGUUUGGAGUCACAGACUUCCGUUGGAUGCUUAAGAAACUGAAUGAAAUGAAGAAGGAAAGGGAGGAAGAGCAAGCUCAGUUUGUCAAAAGCCUGUCUAACCUGAGGCCUAUUCGUGUCAAUGCAGAUGGUUCUGCAUCCUUUGAGAUUGACAUAGACCUUCUUGAACAAAGCAGCUCAGUCUACCUUUACAAGGAUGGUGAAAUGGUUCCAUAUACAAAGGAGUUGGGAGACACAUUGAGGCACAGCCUUAGACAAGUGGGGAAAAAGUAUAUUUUCAGUAUGAGGGACCUUAUGCCAGAAGAUGCUGGAAUGUACCAGUUGGAUGUGGAAGAUGUGACUAUGUUUUCCACUGAUUUUAAAAUCCCCAUGGUGGAUUUCUUGGUGAAAAUCGAAGAAGUUAAGGCAAAGGAGAGAGAAGAUGCUGUGUUUGAGUGUGUCCUGUCAAAUCCCUUCUCCAGGAUUCUGUGGUUUGGCAAGAAUUUGCCAUUGGAACAAGGGGACAAAUAUGAUAUUGAGGUUUCAGAGGACAAGCUAAUUCACAGGCUGGUGGUAAAAGACUGUAUGGUGGUAGACAAGGGAAUUUAUGCUGCUUGUGCAGGAAUAAAAUCUUGCAACGCAUGGCUUGUCGUUGAAGCUGACAAAGAUGUGCAAAAAGGCAAAAAAGCUGCAAGGAAAACAACCAGAGCUGGAGGAUCUGAAAUGGAUUUGCAGAAGGUUGCCCAAGAACAACAUGUCAAAUUAGAAAAGGAAAGAAAGGAAAAACAAGAAGAGAUAAAAGCUACUAAAGAAGCUGCAGCAGCUACACCUCCACCUGAAAUCCCUCCAGCUCCUGAACCAACCCCAACUCCAGCUCCAGCUCCAGCGACACUUAAGACACCUAACAACCCUGAACCAAGAAUAAUAAAUGAGACCGCAGCUGUAGUCUCUGCGCCAUUGGUUGUGGAGGUAGUAGGCACAGGUCAGGCAGACAAAACUUCACCAACCGCCAGCGAGUCGGCAAGUGAACCAGUGAUUACCUGCGGACUCUCUGACGUUCAUACACUUUGUGGAAAGCCAGCUGAAUUAAAUGUGAAGAUGAAUGUGGAAUGUGAUGGAAUCUGGUUCAAAGAUGGACAGCAGAUCAACUCAAAUGCAGGGGUCACCAUGACCAAAGAUGGAAUCUCUCACACACUAACUAUUCAAAGCUGCACAGACGACGACUCUGGACUUUAUCGUUUUGUAUCAGGGGAACAAAGUACUCAAGGAAGAGUCAAUAUUGGAGAUGUACCUGAAUUUGACCAGGACAGCCUUCACAAAUUCUCCAAACCUGUGAUAGUCAGAGUGGGGCAGAAUGCUGCUUUCAAGAUGCCAUUCACUCCUCAGGAGUCUUUGAUGGUCAUUUGGUUUAAAAAUGGUACCGAGAUCAAAGACGGAGGAGGAGUUAAGAUUGCGAGGGAGCCCAAUCACAGCCGGCUGCUGUUCAGAGACUGUCUGCGGACAGACGCAGGGGAAAUAAAGAUUCAGCUCAAAAACCCAUUUGGAGUGGUGGAGGCCAUAUCUCAGCUUAUUGUGCUUGAUCGUCCCGGUCCACCAGAGGGUCCAGUGGGAACUGUCGAAACUACAUCCUCUCAAAUUGAGAUUAAAUGGAACCCUCCAAAAGAUGACGGUGGCUCAACUGUCACCAACUAUAUCAUCAAACGGCAACAGGCAGGACAAUGUCUGUGGACAAAACUUGGGGACGUGUCUUCUGACAAGACUUCCUUCAGAGACAAGAAUGUGACACAUGGAAGGAAAUACAACUAUCAAAUCUAUGCAGAAAACCCUGAGGGUCUCAGUGAUGCACUGGAGACAGCCGACAGCAUUAUGGCUGGCAUAAUGAUACUCUCUGGUCCACCUGGCACUCCCAAAGUGGUGAGUACCUCAAAGACAUGUAUCAAUUUGACCUGGACUCCUCCAGAGGAUGACAGAGGAGUACCGAUCAUCGGUUAUCAGAUUGAGAAACGAAAGAAGGACACAAAUCAGUGGAUUGCACUGAAUGGACUCAAUGAUCCUAUUGAAGAUGCGAACUGUGCAGUUAAAGACAUCACUGAAGGAGCUGAAUACGAAUUCAGAGUUGCAGCAAUCAAUGAGUCUGGAUCUGGAGACCUAAGCCCCCCGUCUGCAAUGGUGUGUGCAAAGAAUCCCAACAUGAGACCUUCUUUUAAAGACCCAGAGGACUUCAUUGUUGUCAGAGCAGGAAAUAUGGCUCGGGUCAAAGUUUGCUACAUGGCAGAGCCUACAGCUCAGAUCACUUGGCUAAAGGACGACGAGCCCAUCUCCCCGUGGAUUAACAUUAUUAAUACAGACGGAAUGUCUCAGCUUGCCAUUCCCUCAGCAAAGCGGUCAGAUUCAGCCAUCUACACUAUAAAUGCCAAAAAUUCUGAGGGCGAGGCUUCAUUUGACAUUGAGGUUCGAGUCACAGAUGAACCCAAGACUCCAGGGCCAGUGGAGUUGGAGCAAACAGUCCAUGGCAAAGUGGUGGUGUCGUGGGCACCCUCUCCAGACCAGGAGCUCGAUGACCGCUUGUAUUAUGUGGUGUCUCAACACAACUCCAACACCAGAGUAUGGAAGACCGUAGCCGACCGCCUCUUCACUAACAAAUACACAGCCAACAACAUCCUGCCUGGGAUAGAGUACCAUUUCCGGAUCUACGCCAAGAAUGACAUGGGCCUUUCAGAUGCUUCUCAGUCACCGACAUGGGGCACCAAUAGCAACAGAGUUCCAAUAACUGCAAACGGAGUUAACCUAACAGAGGUUGGCUUUGAGAGGCCUCCAUCCAUCUUGGUCCCUCUGAAAGUCCACGCUCCACCGAAAGGAUACCAACUCUAUAUGACUUGUGCCGUGCGGGGAUGCCCAACACCCACUGUAUCCUGGUACCUGAAUGACGUCUGUAUCAACUCUGACAGCAACUACUACAUCACAAACUCUUUUGGAGUAUGCUCCAUGUUUAUAUUCCGAGUCCGACCACAGGACAGUGGUGAAUAUAAAGUGGUCGCAGUCAACUCGUUCGGCAAGGCAGAGUGUUUCACGAAACUUGCUGUUAGAGAUUGAAAUGACGUGAAGGUUUUUAUGCAGCACAUUUAUGGAAUGCAAGGAAGCAGAAUGUUUUGCUACACUGAAAACCUCCUGUUGAAUUAUCACUUAAAAAAGAUUAAAAUACAAAAUGAUUUAACUCAUGUGAAAUCUAUCAAAUAUUUAUGGUCUUCACCACAAUAAAUCAGCACUGACAUUGG